GUUGCGACCUUUCACACCGGAAACAAUAGUCGUAAACACACUCCUCAAUUUGGAGGUGAGAGUGUAUGUCUUUACAAAAUCAUGUCCAAAAACACGAGAAUAGCGUUGGUGUUUGGAGGCUUUAUAACGGCAGUUGCCGCUGCGUUAUACCCCAUUUUUGUCUAUCCACUCUCGCACAGAGAAGAGUACAGAGAAGUCCAGAAAAUGAACCGGGCAGGAAUCAACCAGGCCGAUGUGCAGCCUGUGGGUGUGAAGAUAUGGUCUGAUCCAUUUAAGCCAGUGGACAAAUGAUGACCGCCGACAGCUGACUGAUGCCGAUGAAAACUUUGUAUGAAGCAUGUAUGACUUGUGCUUGGUGUGUGAGUGAAUUGUGUUGUUUAUUUUGAUUGUUUAUGAUCCCUUUCACCAUAAAUAAAGUUUAAAGGUUUAAGAAUGUCA